AUGGAUUGUUUGAAUGAAAUGACCAAGAAAAUGAAUGAAAGAAAUAAUGGGGCAUGCAGGCUAUGCCUGGUUGAAAUAUACCAAAAAUUUGAUUUCAUUAGCAAUACAGAGAAAGAUAUGGUACAAAUAAUACUUCCAGAUGUGAAUCUGGAAAUAAGUGAAAACAUAGUGCUUUGCAAAACUUGCAGUAAUUUGGUCGAGGAAGCUUUCAUAUUCAAAUCAACUUGUCUUGAGAUUGAAGACAAUAUUCACAACUAUGCAAGUGAUGAGGUCCAAGCAGAUUUAGAGAAAUUAAUUGGAUUAAAAGACAUAGAUGGUGGCCAGAGACAGAAAAUAUGUAGAACAUGCUUAGAUGUUAUUGAUAAUGAACUAGUUCAUGAGCUUGGCUGUGAGAAAGACAAUUUGCUAGUGAAUAUGCUACAAAAAUGUCUACCAGAAAUAGACCUUCAUUUAACGAAACAACCUGUUUUGUGUGAAAAUUGUAAAUCACUGUUGAAAAAAUCAUAUAAUUUUGUCUGUCAAUGUAUGGAAAAUGAACAAAAAAUUUCAGAAUACCAACGAAAUAAUCAAGGAAAAACUCUAGAUCUUAUUGAGGCUGUACAAGUGAUAACUUCAAAAAAUGAGUAUAAAAUUCCUGAAAUAAAUAUCUCAAAUGUAUUGACAUCUCCAAAUAAUUCAACGAAAAUGGGAACUUCUGAGCAAGAGAAAACUGAAAGAGUUGUUGAAUCUGUCGUUGUAUCUAUACCUCACAAUCAACCUAAAGUUGAUGACAUUCCUGGAAUCAAUAUACCUAAUGUGUUGGAAUCUCCAAGAGAUAUACUAAAAAAUGAAAGUAUUGAGCAGGAGGUAACAGAAAAAGUUGUGAGUUCUGUCCAGAUUGUAAAUGCGAAUAUUUCACCUCUUAUGUCUCCACCUCAAAGUCAACCUGACAAUGAGAUAUCCCAAGAAGAUAUCAUAGAUUGUAGUCAGACAAUUGACUUGAGUGAACUUGAAUUGGCAUCAUCUGUGCAUGCUCAAUCCGAAAAUGAUGCAUCCAAAAUAAAUAAUAUGGAUUGCCAUCAGAAAAAUGACUUAAUUGGAAUUGAAUUGCCAUUGUAUUUACCAGCUGAAAUUUAUGUAUCAGAAGCAGUUAACAUGGAUGUUGAUCAGCAAAAUGAAUCAGGUGAACUUCAAUUGGUGUCAUCAAAAGGAAAUGGUGAAGAAAUAUUUGUAAUAUCUGAUGAUGAUGAUGUAUCAGAUAACUCUGCAAACGAAAAUAGACAACUUAUGUACAACAUCAGAAAGAGGACUAAAAAAAAAGUAUCUGAUGAAUAUGCAUUCCGAGAGGACCUAGAUGAUCCUGCUGAGGAUCCAGACUUUAAUCCUGAAGUUGAUUACUCAUCAGAUGACAUCUCUGAUGUAGAAAAACAGAAAAUUGAGCACAAGAAUAAGUUUCCCCGAAAAAAUAUUGAAACGGACUUUAUGAACAGUGAAGAUAUAUAUGUCCUAGAUGAUUGCGAUACAACUGAAAUGUUACAACAUGAAGCAAGUAUUUCUGGAGUUCCCCAAGAUGAUGCACAGUCGAGGCUCAUCCCCAUUUGCUCCGACAUGUCCGAAUAUGAAUCUCUACAGCCGCAGGAAUCGUGUAGUACAGAGACGAAACGACGACGUAUAGAAAAUGCUACACAAUUCAUCAUUGAAUUCUAUAGAUGCUGGAAGUGUGGCCAUGAGUCCAAAUAUUCAGCGCAAAUAGUUGAACAUUUAAAGUUUUGCUCCAUUUCUAUAUAUAGCGACAAAGUUAGAAAAUUUAAAAAGAUUUGUGAAUGCACUGAAUGCACAUUUCGAAGCUUAGACAUCUCCACAAUGAUAAAGCAUUGGAAAAGUGUACACAAGGUGGAAAAGCUUCUGAAGGCGUGCAAAAAAUACGCAUGUUCAGUUUGCUGCCAGCUAAUCGAAAAACCUGAAGAUUCUCCAUGUCACAAAGCGAAAGAUUUGCAGUUAGUUUACAAGUGUCCGAAUUGCACAUGGAAAACUCCUAAUGCAUCCAGAAUAUAUACACAUUUUAUGGCACACAAGCAGAUUUCGAGAUACUCGUGCAAAAUUUGCUUAGAGUUAUUUAACAAGACUGACGACAGGAAUUCCCAUGUUCAUAACAAUUAUAAACCCCAUUCUCCAGUGAAGUUGUACAGGUGUGUUUAUUGCUCUUUUGUGCACAAGGUACAUGAAAACGUUGAAACACAUAUAUCUAAAGCCCAUACCGAAUUGAAUGUAUCUAAACCUCGUGUCUGUCUGAAGAAUGAGUAUUUUGAGUGUCCUGAGUGUAAACAAUGUGUGGCAAAAAGGAAUCAUACAAAAAAAAUACAUUUAUCAUGUGAGCUUUGCCCGUUCAAAACAGUUAGGGAAGAUUCGUUACGAUGUCAUAAAAAAAAUCAUGAAAAAACAAGUCCUUAUUUGGUUCCCUGCAAUAUAUGCUAUGCAAUUUUGAAAGUACCGAGAUACAAAUAUCACGUAAAUAACCAUAAUGUAAAAGCUAGAAAUAUAUGUACCUAA